CUUUCGAUUCAAAAUAGUCGACAAGCGAUCGAUUUGUUUCCUUGGAUUUUUCUCCACGGAAAAAUGGCGCAGUUUGCAACGAUGAGAAACACCUACGCAUUUCUUGCAUGCAUUUAUCUGGGAUUAAGCUCAGUCGUUGUAUAUGGCCAGCUUAGUUCCACAUAUUAUGGCACGUCGUGUCCCAAUCUGUUGUCGACUGUUAAGUCUGCAGUGACACAGGCCGUCGCCAACGAGAAGAGGAUGGGGGCGUCGCUUCUUCGUCUUCAUUUUCAUGACUGUUUCGUUAACGGCUGCGAUGGGUCUAUUCUGUUGGACGACUCGUCGACUUUAACAGGAGAAAAGACUGCGGUGCCCAAUGCAAACUCAGUGAGAGGAUUCGACGUGAUAGACACCAUUAAGACCAACGUGGAGGCUGUGUGCAGUGGAGUUGUGUCUUGUGCGGACAUUUUGGCCAUUGCAGCUCGUGAUUCAGUUGUCGCACUUGGAGGGUCAACAUGGACGGUACAGCUGGGAAGAAGAGACUCUACAACUGCAAGUCUUAGCGGUGCGAAUAGCAAUAUUCCUGCUCCCACAUCAAAUCUCAGUGCACUCAUCUCAGCUUUUAGCGCUCAGGGUCUUUCUACAAAGGAAAUGAUUGUACUUUCUGGAGCUCAUACCAUUGGUCAAGCUCGCUGCACUAAUUUCAGAGCUCGCAUCUACAAUGAAUCCAACAUAGCCACUACAUACGCCACUUCUUUGAAAUCAAAUUGCCCAAGCAGCAGUGGCGACGAUAAUCUUUCGCCUUUAGAUCUCAAUACUCCCACAACGUUUGACAACUACUACUACAAAAAUCUCGUAAGCAAGAAAGGGCUAUUGCAUUCCGAUCAGCAGCUAUACAAUGGAGGUUCUACAGAUUCUCAAGUUACUACCUACAGUAGCAAUCAGAACACCUUCUUCACCGACUUUGCAUCUGCCAUGGUGAAAAUGGGAAACAUCAGUCCUCUCACUGGCAGCAGUGGAGAGAUCCGAACUAAUUGCAGGAAGCCCAAUUAGUGUAGGCAAUAUUAGACUACAUUUCUUGCAGUAUUCAAGGUUUGGCUAUAAUAAGCACUCAAUUGAGAUCGUUGAAAGUCACAAGUUAGAGUUUUAUUGCUUGAUUGUUGUUAAUCAGACGUAGUUUUUGUACGCAGUUUAGAUUGGUAAUAUUUGAGAACUAAAAAUAAACUUAACGCGUUUCUCCGUAUGACUUGCUUGCAAAAGUGUACCCAAGAAGUUU